UCUACCCCAUCAAGCAUGGCGACCAGUUGUGAUCUUUUAACAUACUUACAAUCCCUUCCUUCUGCUGUACUAACUCGUCUUUAUCAGCAUCCGCCAUCUUGUCUAGCUGUAUACAGGUCACUAUCAGAAUUAGGUCAAUUGUAUAUUAUGAGAGUGUUAUUUAUAGAGCGUCCAUUGCCUCUAGCAGAUAUUAACUCUUGGGCUCUUCCUGGAAACAACUUACAUGCAGAGACACUCUCGCUGUUGAACAAGCUCCACAUUUUUGAGCCAGUACUAAUCAGAACCGGACAGCAGCAAGGCUACCAGCUCAACCAAUCAUACCAAACCAACCUAAGAAUACUAAUCUGUGGAGGAGGGCAGCUGUGGGCGGUACCUGGUCACCGUGGUGAUGACAAACACUCCAGGGAUAUUCCCUACCUGAAUGACUAUGCAGAUAAAAAAUGGGAGAACAUUCUCAAUUUCAUGGUUGGAGGCAGCGAGAAGUUGGACUCAGAAAUAGUUCAAGUGUUACAAUACGCUGGACUCAUGAGCCAGGCGUCUUCAAGACAUCCAUCCUUCAUUACAACUCUUGGAUUCCAGUUUCUACUAAUGGACACACAGUCUCAGAUAUGGCAGUUCAUACUACAGUACUUAAAUACAGCACAAGAUAGAGGAAUGGAUCUCAUUGAUUGCUUGAAGUUUAUCUUUCAGUUAAGUUUUUCAACUCUUGGAAAGGAUUACUCUACUAAAGGUCUUACUGAAUCGCAGCUAACGUUCAUGUAUCAUUUAUGUCAGUUUGGUCUAGUGUAUCAAAGAAAGAGUAGCUCGAAAAGAUACUACCCCACAAAACUGGUGAUACAGCUAACUGCAGGUCAGCAAUCAAGGAAUACCAGUCAAGCAGGUUUCAUUAUCGUGGAGACAAAUUAUCGCGUUAUUGCCUAUACAGAUUCCAAACUUCACAUAGCCACUUUAGCAUUGUUCUGUCAGAUGCAAUACAGGUUUCCCAAUGUUGCUGUAGGCACUAUUACUAGAGAGAGCAUUCAACAGGCUUUGGUUCAUGGCAUAAAGGCAGAUCAGAUCAUAUCAUUUUUAACACAACACGCUCACCAUAACAUGCUCUCAAAGGCACACAUAUUACCACCUACUGUAACCGAUCAGAUCAAACUGUGGGAAAUUGAAAGGAACAGGCUAAGCUUUCAAGAGGGUAUAUUAUAUUCUGAAUUCUUAUCUGUCACUGACUAUGAAAAAGUGAAGAAAUACGCAGAGGAUCUUGGUGUUCUGCUGUGGAGUAAUAGACAAAGGCGACUGAUGGUGAUCCAUCCUGACAGACAUGAUGAGAUAAGACACUUCUGGAAAAGACAGAAAUCAUCUUAAGGAACAUUGACAAUAAUAAUGAUAAUCAUUAAUUUUUAUGUAACAUUAAUUAUUAUUCUUAAACCUGCCCUGAGCCUUAAUCUGUAAAAA